AUGGAGUUGGAGGACAUGCUCAGAAAAUACUUACAGGUCCAGUAUGAUUACGCAUGGUAUAAAGCUGGAGGAGUUUCUGCUGGACCCACAGAUUGGGAGCAUGUGGAGUACUCGGACAUGCUACCUCAAGGCUUGGGGCUGAAAGUUCCUAUAGACAGGGACUACAGCUAUGUUUAUCAGCUCUACGCUUACUUUAACUCACUGAAGCAGCCAACUCAGGUCUUUAAAAUUAAAGAUACAAAUUUCGACAUGAUGUCUUCCUCCAAUUGCCUGCAUCCCGGUACUCCUGAAACCGUUCAACCUAGUGUUAUCGUCGGCACGUUUGGUUCAGUUCAGCGUGGUUUGUACCAGUUUGGGCUUUGA